UUCAGGACUCAGAUGAAUGGGACCUGAUUGAACCCUCUGUGAUCUCAGAGGAUGCACAAAUGAAGUACAGACUAAAGCUUACAUCAGGCCAUUAUGAAUGCAGCAGGACUGGUCUUCGUAUUGAUUGCUCCCGUUCUGUUCAGCUUAAGUAUCACAUUUGUGACUGGGAAUGUGUAGGUGAUUUUCCAGAAAUGGAGGGCUUUAUACCAUGCAGCCCCUUGAUGGAUAUUUCCAUCAUCUCAGGAAAACCAAAGGCAGUCUAUCUACCUCACUUUCUGUGUUUAGGUGGUUCUCCCAUUAACAAUGAAGUGAGGGUUAUUCAUGUUGAAGAAAGUGGGAUUUCUUUUGAGAAAUGCACGUUAACUAGAUUCCAUGCCAAACUCCUGAACCACUCCUUCUCCCCGAAAGGUCUUCUUUUGAGGAGUGGCUUCUCUGUGUACUAUCACUGCGAAACACUUAUCUAUGAAACUCAAAAAUCAUACCUGACACUUCAUGUGUACUUGAUUCCAAGUGAGAAAAAAAUUAUAGAGGCUGCUGAAAACAAUGAGGUUAAAAGCAAGUCAAAGCUGAUCUCAAAGCCAGGGCCUGUAUCCUCUCUAAAGAUGAAGACUUGGUAUUCACUGAGAACGCUGGAUGAGAAUAAGAAAUCUGAGAGCAGUUCUGAAGUUCAACCCAAACAGUUAGAGCUCAAGUACAAGCCCAUAAAUCCAGACUUCUUUGAAGUAUUCAUUGAUACACCAAAUGACUUUCACCUUCAGCUGAUGCCACAACAUCACAGUGAAGGUGUAUGGGAAGCCAAAAUACGUGACGGUAAUAUUUGUGAUUACACCCAGAGAGAUUCUUCAGUGGGUUACGUAUGUAACCAUAGUUCUCUGAGUAAGGAACGAGACACUGCGUCCUCUAGGGGCCACUUUGGGGAACACCGCGUCGUGACCCGUGUCUGA